UUCAUUCACUUGCAAAUCAGUGUGUGCCCACCAGAGCCAGCUCUCCCCAGCCGGUAACCUUCCCAUCCCGAGAGCUGCAGUUGCAGCCGCAGCAGCGAGCCCGGCACCGGCGGCCACCGCAGCGGCGCGGCAGGAGCACGAGCAGCCCGGGCGGGUCGCAGGGGCUCCGGGGCGCAGCCGGGCGCGCGGAGAUAUCCUCUGAGACCCCAGCAGAGAGCAUUGAGGAAGAAAUGAGGCUGGACACGGUGCAGUGAAAAAGGGAGAGGACACUCACUACCCAGAGCCUGGACUGUGUCAUCAGAAUGAGAACUUACCGGUACUUCUUGCUACUCUUUUGGGUUGGCCAACCCUAUCCAACUUUCUCAAGUCCAUUAUCUAAGAGGACUAGUGGUCUCCCAGCAAAGAAAAGGGCCCUGGAGCUCUCUGGAAACAGCAAAAAUGAGCUGAAUCGUUCAAAAAGGAGUUGGAUGUGGAAUCAGUUCUUUCUCCUGGAGGAAUACACAGGAUCCGAUUAUCAGUAUGUGGGCAAGUUACAUUCAGACCAGGAUAGAGGAGAUGGAUCACUUAAAUAUAUCCUUUCAGGAGAUGGAGCAGGAGAUCUCUUCAUUAUCAAUGAAAACACAGGGGACAUACAGGCCACCAAGAGGCUGGACAGGGAAGAAAAGCCCGUUUAUAUCCUUCGAGCUCAAGCUAUAAACAGAAGGACAGGGAGACCCGUGGAGCCUGAGUCGGAAUUCAUCAUCAAGAUUCAUGACAUCAACGACAAUGAGCCAAUAUUCACGAAGGAGGUUUACACAGCCACGGUUCCCGAAAUGUCUGAAGUGGGCACAUUUGUUGUCCAAGUCACUGCCACUGAUGCCGACGAUCCCACAUAUGGGAACAGCGCUAAAGUCGUCUACAGCAUCCUACAGGGGCAGCCCUACUUUUCAGUUGAAUCAGAAACAGGAAUCAUCAAGACAGCUUUACUCAAUAUGGAUCGAGAAAACAGGGAGCAGUACCAAGUGGUGAUUCAAGCCAAAGACAUGGGCGGCCAGAUGGGGGGAUUAUCUGGGACCACCACGGUGAACAUCACGCUGACUGACGUCAACGACAAUCCACCUCGCUUCCCCCAGAGUACCUACCAAUUCAAAACCCCUGAAUCUUCUCCACCGGGCACACCCAUUGGCAGGAUCAAAGCCAGCGAUGCAGAUGUGGGGGAAAAUGCUGAAAUUGAGUAUAGCAUCACCGAGGGAGAGGGGCUGGACAUGUUUGAUGUCAUCACCGACCAGGAAACCCAGGAAGGAAUUAUAACUGUCAAAAAGCUCUUAGAUUUUGAAAAGAAGAAAGUAUACACCCUCAAAGUAGAAGCCUCCAAUCCUCACAUUGAACCCCGCUUUCUCUACCUGGGGCCAUUCAAAGAUUCUGCCACAGUGAGAAUCAUGGUGGAAGAUGUAGAUGAGCCCCCCAUCUUCAGCAAACUGGCCUACGUCCUACAAAUAAGAGAAGACGCUCAAAUAAACACAACCAUAGGCUCUGUCACAGCCCAAGAUCCAGACGCCGCCAGGAAUCCUGUCAAGUAUUCUGUCGAUCGACAUACAGAUAUGGACAGAAUAUUCAACAUUGAUUCUGGAAAUGGUUCCAUUUUUACAUCAAAACUUCUUGACCGAGAAACCUUGCUGUGGCACAACAUUACAGUGAUAGCAACAGAGAUCAACAAUCCAAAGCAAAGCAGCCGGGUACCCCUAUAUAUCAAAGUUCUAGAUGUCAAUGACAACGCCCCAGAAUUUGCUGAAUUCUAUGAAACGUUUGUCUGCGAAAAGGCCAAAGCAGAUCAGCUGAUUCAGACCCUACGAGCCGUUGACAAGGACGACCCCUAUAGCGGCCACCAAUUCUCAUUCUCUCUGGCCCCUGAAGCAGCUAGUGGUUCAAACUUUACCAUUCAAGACAACAAAGACAAUACAGCGGGAAUCUUAACUCGGAAAAAUGGCUAUAACAGGCACGAGAUGAGCACCUACCUCCUGCCGGUGGUCAUUUCGGACAACGACUACCCAGUCCAAAGCAGCACCGGGACGGUGACCGUCCGGGUAUGUGCGUGUGACCACCACGGGAACAUGCAGUCCUGCCACGCGGAGGCCCUGGUCCACCCCACCGGACUGAGCACAGGGGCCCUGGUCGCCAUCCUCCUGUGCAUCGUGACCCUCCUAGUGACAGUGGUGCUGUUUGCAGCUCUGAGGAGGCAGCGAAAAAAAGAGCCUUUGAUCAUUUCCAAAGAGGAUAUUAGAGACAACAUUGUCAGUUACAACGACGAGGGGGGCGGAGAGGAAGACACGCAGGCCUUUGACAUCGGCACCCUGCGGAACCCCGAAGCCAUAGAGGACAACAAAUUACGCAGGGACAUUGUGCCCGAAGCCCUUUUUCUACCCCGACGGACUCCUGCAGCUCGAGAUAACACUGAUGUCCGAGAUUUCAUCACCCAAAGGUUGAAGGAAAAUGACACGGACCCCACCGCUCCGCCCUACGACUCCUUGGCCACCUACGCCUAUGAGGGCGCCGGCUCGGUGGCCGAUUCCCUGAGCUCGCUGGAGUCGGUGACCACGGAUGGAGACCAAGACUAUGAUUACCUUAGUGACUGGGGCCCUCGCUUCAAAAAGCUGGCAGAUAUGUACGGAGGGGUGGACAGUGACAAGGACUCCUAAUAGGUUGCCUUUUUCAUUUUCCAGUAUGGCACUGAAAUAUGUGAAGUGGCUAUUUCCUUCUAUUUAUCACACCUCCGUGAAGGGUUCUCUGUUCUGCCCGUUCCAAAAGUCAAUGGCUGCAGCCCUUGUGGAUCCAAUGUUAGAGACCUUUUUUCUAGUACACUUUUAUGAGCUCCCAAGAGGCAAAUGUUUAUUUUUUAGUGCAUCCAGGUAAUGAUGUCAGUCUAACAGCCACCUGUGCUGAGGAGGGCCGGGAGUCACACUUCCUCUGGUUGUCUUAGGACAAGUUUGGAAACAGCUCAGUUGCCCCAGCCUUGUCUUUUUACUACACCCCAUUGAUGCAGGUCAACUACUGCCCUGUCUGUCCAUUUCACAUGCCAAUGGCAGGAGGGGCUGUGGCUAAUGAUAAAAAUAGCAUUUUAGUAAAAGAGAUGAGGGAGGAGCAACUGUGAAGCUGCUCCUGCCAUAUCCGCUCACAAGGAGAUAAUGAACUAUAUAUGGGUGUGUAUUUCUGCCUGGAAGAAUUUAAAAUGACAUUUGCCCAUCCUGUUUGUUCUUCAAGAACUUUUUCUUGCACCAACUCCUCAGAACAUCAAAUCAACCAAUGGUCCUUUUUAGGAACAGAAGUAAAUUAAAUGGAAAGAUUCAAAAACAACAACCAAAACAAAAAGAUUAAUAAGACCUCAUUCCUUGCCACUAAUUCAUAGUUUGUUAUAUAAUAGACAUGUGAAGGCUUGUACCAUAUAAAGGGGAAGAGAAAAUAGUUAAUAAUAUUGACAAAGGAUAUAUUUAGCAUAUGUUAAAGGUUGGGCCACCAAUGUAAAUGUGGAUCACUUGAAAUUUCAACCAUCUGUAGACUAAUUACAAAUAAGUCUAACUGCUUAAAAGUUCUUGAAGCAACUUUUCUGAGACAAAUUUUAACUCCUCGUCUGUGGUUGUUGUCAGUAUUAUUCUAAUAUACUUGAAAGUAGCAAUAUAAAGUACAACAAUUCAUAUUCUUCAGAUACUUCCUACACAAUUAAGUUGCUAGUAAAAGUAGAUUAAAUAAAACUCAAAUCCUGUUCUCAAAACUUAAUAGGGAGGUUGAGAGUCAGCCACUUGAAUCUGAUACCCUGUCCUUCACAUCCAAAAACAUCUACCUAUUUAUAUAAUGUGGUCGACAUGGAUGACCACUGAGAUCACGGUGAAAACCUAUAUAUUACAUGUUUGGAAGAUGCUUACAUGGAAAAACUUGGAUUCUCUUCAAUCAGAGUGUGUAAGAUUGUAAUUAAAAUGAUAGUUGACUUUCAAAGGCAUUAACAUUUUUCACUGUUUUUAAGUUUGUUUCCAUGGCAACCCUGCCAUCCUUAUCUUUGAACUAAUGAUAAAGUAAUGGUCUCAAAAGACGACAGAAAAGUAAUGUACGAUCCAUCCAAUUUAUUAUUUCUCUAAUUACAUAAUUAGUAUCAUAGUUAUUAUCCAGAGGACCCAACUGAACUGAACUAAUCCUUUUGGCAGGUUCAAAUCAUUUAUUUCCUAUGGCUAUUCUAAUGAUUUUUAUCAUUAGACUCUUAUAUUGUGCAGUCAUCAGAAAUUUCCAAAGUACUGUAAAAAAGAUCCUUGUUUUGAAAACUUAAAAAAAGCAGGCUCUGUGUAUAUAUAUAUAAUAUGUACUUAAGAAUAUGCUGACUUCAGUGAUUAGUCUUAGGGAUUUAUUUUCAAUUACUGUUCAUUUUCUACAGAUAAUCUUAGCAUCAUAUCCAUUUGGAGAUACUGUCCUAUCGGCACAUAUUUUUCUAUUUGGAAACAUAUUGUUGUUUAUUUAAGUAUUAGGUAGGUGUAUUACCCAAGAAGUAAAGACAGUACCUUUAAAAUAAGAGGAUGAUCUUUUGGUUACCCAAUUAGAGUGAAAAAUUUUUGCAAUCAUAUUAUUCCAUGUGUUUCCUGAAUGGUUUUCUAUUUUGUAAUGAACUUCCCUGUAUACUAACAAGUAUUUCAUGCUUGGACUAUUUCCUGCUUUUAGGGUUUUGUUUUGCUAGUUUUUGACACACAUACAUGUGCACACACAGAGGAAUGCAAACACAACAGCAGGAGAGGGUUUCACUGUAAUGAACUAGAUAGGUAUCAUAGUCACGAGUAAGUAUUGAGAAAAGAUAGCUUAGUGAAUAAGAACUAGUUCUUUAUAGCAAUAGAACAACACCUUAACCAUGAUUUACUGUAAAAUUUAAAAGCUCUCUCCUUAGGUUUCAUAUAAUAUAACAAAUUAAAUCAAGGAAGAUAGUUCUGUAAAAAGAAAGGUAUCAUCAGAAGUCUUCCUUUUGAACUUCGGGUAUUAAUUGCCAUGUCUGAGGGUUGACACUAACAACUUCCAAAGUUUAAGAGGAAGGUUUACUCUUGCCUCCUUGUAAAAGUGAAUAUUUGAGUGAAAUAUUCUGUAGUGGAAUAUUUGAGAUGUAAUUGGCAGGGUUUUUUUCCCCACCUGAAGAUGAUAUAGAUACAGCAUACUAAUAACAGGUUAUUGUAACUAAAUAUUGAAAUAACUGUUUAAUCUCUUGCCACAAAACCUGAUAAUGAAGUGAAUCUCUAAGAAAUUGGAUCCUUUGAUACUGGAGCUAAAUAUUCAUAAUAGGUCCUAUAUCAUGUUGAAGUAAUAUUUUUCUAUAAUUAAGACUCCUUAACAUGGCGGAAACAGUAAAAACUACAGCUCCACCAUUCUGCCCAGAUUUCACAUCUUCCCCACAAGCUCUCAGGUCAAGAACAUAAAUUAUUACUGACAAAAAAAAAAGAGUUUUCAUCUCAAUUUUCACAUUGUCUCUGUCCUGAUAUUAGUAUUAGUGACGAGAAAGGUGGACGGAGGUUGGGAAGAGGUAAAUUUUGGUAUUUGCAUCAGUCAAAGAAAUAGAAAUUCAUUAAAUACAAGCAGAUUGCCUUUGUGGGUUGCUUCAAGGACUUUGAGGCCUUUCUGACAUUUUAACCCUUUAUUUAAAGGGGAGAAUUUCUCUAAACUACUAAGUUGUUCCCUAGAAUAAGCUGAAAAUUUAAAAACAUUAAGCUAUUAUGCCUAAGUUUAAAACCCCUUCUUCCCUUCAUGGCCACUUUCUGCAGAAAGGCCUGGAAAAACAUGUUGCCAAAUAGAAAAACUAAAUCUAAUGGGGAAGAUGCUAAGAUGGGUUCAUAGAACUAGAAGAGAGGGGAGCUGGGCACAGGAAAUAUAUAUUUUUACAGAGCUUUCUUAACUUUAUGGUUUAGGUGCAUGAAGGGAGGUUUAGAUAUAAACUGACUCCAUUUUCAGAUGGAACAAAACCUGCUGAUUCAACUUUAAUUCAGUACAAAAAUUUGUGGCUUGGUGUUCAUCUUUAGCUCCCAAAAAGUUGUACAAAAAUUUCCUGAGUUGAAUUACUUAGAAGUACCCCAAUUUUACGGAUCCAAAUUAACUUCAGGAUGUUCCCAUUCCUUUCAUUCUUAGGAGCAUACAUUUUAGAUGUCCUAUUUGCUAAGCAAUACCUCGCAUCUAAUGCUUUCCCUUGAAAUGGGUAUUUCACUGAAGAUGAUAUAGAAACUAUGAUUGUGAGUUCCUUGAUUCUAUAUACUUGAGGACCAUAAAAUAUAUACCCAUAAAAGAAAAACAGAGUUGAUUCUGGGGCAAAAACUCAAUAAUUAAAUCAAGUACUGCUAUAUAAAUUCUCCCUGAGAACCAAACCACCAAAUCAGUUACUUUAUUCUAGUCACUAGUUCUAAAGUGGCGUAAUUACAUUGAAAGCACACUCUCAAACAUUAUUUUGAAAGAUGUCCUCUGAAAAAGAGCAUUUUAGAGUCAUUUCAUUUUUUGUUUUUAUCUAGAUGAAAUCUUUUUUUUUUUUUAAACUGUGAUAGGGGGUUGAAAAUCCAACCAGACCACUGUGUUUACAUGAACACCAAAGCCCAGGUUUCUUUAUCAGCUUAUAAGAGUGGAAAGAUUAAGAUCAACAUAUGGAUCUUCUGGAAGAUGAACUGUUUCCUAAGGUCUCACAAGCAGCUUUCUCCUAGAGAAUACAGCACUACGGUAUGGCCCCCUUAAAAGUUCAGUGACUAUUACAGUCACAGCUUUUUAAUCUCCACUUGACAUCUUUAUGGAAUAACUUUCUAAAGGGAUAACUCUACAAAAAAAUAUCAGGCCCCAGCCAUAGUGCAGAGUGAAACCCUCUUAGAAAGGAAAUACACUGGCUCACACUUGUUAAAAGUUAAUGAAGAAAUAGUUCAUUUUUAAAGCCAGAAGUUUAUGGUCUCUGCAUCGUCAAUUUAAUUUAAGCAUUGCUGAGACAAUCUUUAAUCUACUCCCCAUUUUGUAAUACUUAUUUAUGAUGCAUUUUCAUUUUUUAAUUUUGGGGGAACGUAAGCCCAACAGAGCCAGCCGAUGGAAGUGCAGAAAGGAGGUCAAAUGGAAACAAAGACUAUUACCCGCUGUAUUUCAGACAAGACCAAGGCACUUAGCUGGAGAGCCAGUGGGUUAUUAGAUUAAUUUCUAAAGAGCUUUUACAAGUUGCUUAAUUCCUUUUUAAAAAAAAAAAACCAUGGAUCACAAACUCAAAUUUCUUCUCAAAUGGGUUAUUUUCACAAAUGAGGCAUGGACCCAGCAUUGUGCUGAAAGCAUUCCACUAGAAUGAGAUCUGGGUCUUUCAUAUAAGACUACGCUAUUUAUGUAAAUAAAUCUAGAGGCACCUUUGGUAAGCUUUUAGUUUUCUCUGAUCUAUUAGUUUAGUGUUCAUUAAGGACUCCAAUAUACAGAAUUAGUAGGCAAUCGAGGGGAUGCUGCGUAGCAAAAGUAAAAGUGCUUGAAAGAAACAUAGGAACACUUCAAAACCACUGCACUGUUUUGGUUGUGAUCAUUUUCAUGGCUUUGAAAGUAAACUGCAUAAGAAUAGACUUUUAAUAAAUGCUACAUGUGUCUCCAGUAAUAUCAGGCUAAGGCAAUUUGGCAUUCUCCCACUGUGAUGCGUGAUUUUAAGCCUAGAAAAUAAAAGCUUUUUGGUAUUGAUUGUUUUUAAUUAAAAAUAUGCCCCAGUAUAAAUUGAUGCAACCCUUGAAGAUUUACUGGCUGGCGUGCUCAGUGCCAGUUUUUCUCAGUGUCUUUUUCCUGUAUCUUUGGCAACGAGAACCCCUGAUGGAAAAAAAUCACUGCUCACCUCUCCUCAACAUUUCAAGUUAGGGAGCUUUUCAUAACUUCACAGUUUACAUGCGAAAAGUUUUCUGUACUAGAAGAAUGAUGUUGAGAAGAUUACCUUUUAGCUCAGAGUGGCCGGGCCUUUUGUUGUAGUUAAAUGGCAAAUACACACUCCUUGAAAUGGCUUCUUUUAUUUUCCUUUGUUUUCUUAGACAUAUAAAUUUGAAAAAGAAUGCAAUUUAAAAAAGUGAUUUCUCACAAAGAGUAAAUAUGCCUUUUGCAAAUCAAUUUUUGUAACAAGUUAUUUAUAUGAUAUUACUUAAUAAACUGGUUUUUUUUCUAACUU